AAUUAUUACCUAAACACACACACACACACACGGAAAGAUUAUUUUCUGUCAAUCUUAUUUAUUAAUCUUUAUGUAAACGUGAUUAUUAUGAUUUUCUUUUUUUUUUCUUGUUGAUGAAAUAAAUUUCACCAAAGAUUAUUGAUUGAAUGAAUCGUCGACGAGAAUCUAUUAGUCGAUAUCGACAAUCAUCACCACCACCACCAUUAUCGACGUCAAAAAAACGAUCAUUUCUUGAAUUACGUCAACCAUCAUCAACAUUAUAUUAUAAUAAUGGAAUUAUUCUUUCAUCAUCAUCAUCUAAUCAAAGUUCAACAUCAUCAUCAUCAUUGGCUAAUAAAUAUCGAUUCUAUCGAUCAUCAUCGGAUAAUAAUCAUCUUGAUGAUAUUUAUCGUUAUCGUAUUAAUUUUGAUCGAAUGCUUAUCAAAAUCAAUCAAAUCAAAUUGAUUGUUUGUGCUGGUUGCAUUUUUCAUCUGGCAUUCAUAAUUACAUCAGAUUUUACCAUGAUACAAAAAUCAUCAUUGUUAUCAGCAAAAGAAUCGAAACAAAUUCAUCAAAAUAAUUCAUCAACUAUUUUCAUUGAAUUUGAAACAAUAACAAUAAUGUCGACUUUUAUAUUUCGAUUAAUGGGAUUAGGUUUUGGAAUGAUAAUCGGUUGUUUGAUUGAACCGGAACGUCAUUUAUUUAUGUUUAAUCAAUUGAAUACAUUUCAUUUGAAUUGGUUAACAUUUAUCAUUAUUACUGUAUUGGAUAUAAUUUCAAUGAUGAUAUUUCCAUUAAAUUUACCAUUUAUGGAAAUGUUUAUGAUUGUAAUGAAAAGUUCAAUCAGUGGUAUACAAUUAUUAUUAUUACUUUAUGCAUUAUUCGAUAUAAAAAUUGAUCCAUUAGAAGAACGGGAAGCUAAAUGUUAUAUUCAAUUAUAUUUACUGAUGUUUAUAGCCGGUUUUCUUUCGGCAUUAUUAUUAUCAUUAUAUUAUUAUUCGAAUCUUUUCGGUGAUAAUUCUUCAAUAACGGUUCAAUCCAUAAUUCGUUCAAUAAUUGGAUGUCGAAUAUUUUUAUCAUUAAAUUGGUCAACAUUAUCAUAUCUUAUUUGGCAUUAUGUUGCAUCAAUACAUAAACAUAAUAUUGUACGUGGUGUUGAUUUUGAAGAAUUUCUUGAUAAUUAUGCUAUCGACAAUGAUUGUACACGUUAUAUAACAUUGAAUUGUGUUGCACUUGCAUGUCAAAUGCGUCCAGGCAUUAAUGUUGAUGAUCAUUUUGAUGAAGAUAAUUUUAGUAUUCGUACAGUGGAUGGAUGGCAAAAAACUGGAUUCACUAUUAUUAGUCGGAUACAAUUUGCAAUGGCUUUUUAUCUAUGCAUUUCAUAUCCGAUUGGAUGUUCAAUUUGGCCAGAGCAAUAUUAUCCUAAAUUUCUAACCGGGUAUCACAAAUUUUCAUUGUUUCUUAUUACAAUGGUCAUCAUACUUUUCAUACGAAUUUAUUUACUUUAUCGAACGGAUUGUAUUCAAAACAUACGUGAACGUUUAGGAUGUUUUACUUUCAUUAUCGUUUUAUUUCUAUACAUUGCGGCAAAUAUUAUUCAACUAUUCAAUGAUCGAUAUGAUGAAAAACAUUUUCCAUUAGUUAUAAUUGCAAAUAUUAUCAUCGGAUUGUCGAUUGCUCAAAUGAUGGAUGAAAUUUGUCAUUCGAUUAUUGAUCAUUUAUCUAUUACUGCUCAUUGGAUACGUUAUACGAUUGUUACAACAAUUAUUUUUCAAUCCUUUAUGUCGGUGAUUCAUUAUUAUAUAAUGGAAAAAUUGGCAAAAAUUCAAUGGAUUUUCUAUCUAAACAUAUCAAUCACAUUGUUUUUAUUAAUUACAAUGAUUAUCAUUUCACAAUGUAGAUGUUUAAAUAUCAAUAGUGGAUUCGAUCUAAUUGAAAUGCAAACAAUGGAACCGUUAUCAAAAAUUCUUAAUGAUCAUCAUGAAGAUGGUAAUGAUGAUAAUGUUGAAGUCGAAGAUUACAUACAAAAUGAAAUGAUUUCACCAACCGGAGAUCAAACAUUCUAUCGAACAAAUGGAAAAAAACGUAAACAAUCGAUGGUAUCGAUAUUUGCAUAUCGAAUGAGAUAUCGUUUUGAAUCAAUUAUAUCAACAUUUAAUUCAAAAUAAUAAUUAAUUUAUUAA